AUGACAAAGUCGCUUUUAGCUUAUACCGACGGAUGGGCCGAUCGGCAAGAUGUUACAACUAAUUACGAAAUGGAAGCUUGGGGUGGAAUUUCAAUAAGAAUUCACUCACCUUACGUUCACGACUUCGAUUCGUAUUAUUUAUCCUUAAAACCCUCGCAGAACAUUCGCAAUCCUUGGUUUAAAGAACUGUGGGAGGCGAGAUUUAAUUGUACUUUAAACCGUUCGACAUUUGGAGAUGCGACAAAUAUGACAUCUGUCCUGGAAAAUCCUCUUGAUUUAAAAGGGACUUCAAGUAGACAUCCGUGUACAGGAAAUGAACGGCUAUCUCAAGAGUAUCGACAAGAUCCUAAACUAAGCUUUGUAAUUAAAGCCGUCUAUACGUUCGCUUACGCUCUACAAAAUAUGCAUCAAGAAAUCUGUGGCGAUAAGUAUUUUGGAGUCUGUGAUAAAUUGAACCCUUUUAAUGGUUCCCUGUUCAAGAAUUAUCUUUUAAAUGUAAGUUUUACCUACAAGGAUGACAUUGUAGAAUUUGAUGACAACGGUGAUCCUCCAGGCCGGUACGACAUUGUAAAUUAUCAAAGACUGGCAGAUGGAAGAUUUGACUAUGUCCAAGUUGGUAUAUGGAAUAACAGAACGCUAAAUUGGAUAUCCGAUUUGCAAUUUGGCCCGCAUUCUUCCAUGGAAUCAGUUUGUUCGGCUCCUUGUCCUCAUGGUCACUACAAGAAUGUACAACAAGGAGGCAAGGACAAACGCUGCUGUUGGGUCUGCGUACGAUGCCCUUUCGGUGAAAUCUUAGAUGAAGCUUCCGAUUUCAAGAGUUGCCAGAGAUGCCCAUUAGGAACCAUUCCAGAUAAAGCUCAAACAGUUUGUCUUCCUCUACCAAUUGAACAUAUGCAAUGGUUCGACACUCAAGCUGUGGUUGCAAUUUUUUUCGCGUCGUUAGGAUUCUUCAUAACUUUAUUCGCGCUAAUUAUAUUCGCUCAGUAUAGUAAUACCCCAGUUGUGAAAUCGUCCACCAAAGAGCUUUCCUAUACUAUUCUCGCGGGGAUGAUGAUAUCACACGCGUCGAUUUUUAUUAUUUUAGCAAAACCGACGAAAAUGACCUGUACGUUAAACCGUUUCAUUCCCGGAUUAAGCUUCGCAAUGAUAUACGCUGCUUUACUGACAAAGACGAAUAGAAUCUCACGUAUUUUAGCGGGAUCUAAAAAGAGAUUUCCAACGAGGAAGCCAUUAUUUAUGUCUGCCACCGCUCAAAUAAUAAUAACGUGUUUUCUUAUAGGAAUUGAAGUAUUCAUUUCAAUAGGGAUGCUCAUGUAUCAAGAAGCAAGCAGCACCCACACUUAUCACCCGACCAGGACAGUUCUUGAGUGUAAUACGACGCCUGAAGGGGUUGUAGUGCCGCUUGCGUUCGACUUUCUUUUAAUAUUCUUCUGCACUGUCUACGCAGUAAAAACAAGGAAUGUUCCAGAGAAUUUUAACGAAGCGAAGUUUAUUGGAUUCGCAAUGUACACAACGUGCGUUAUUUGGAUAGCGUUUGUGCCCAUAUAUUUUGGCAGCGAUUCGAAAGUGAUUACCAUGUGUAUGUGUGUUACUCUUAGUGCAAUGGUUACGUGGAUUUUUUUGUUUAUUCCAAAACUGUACAUAAUUCUUUUUCGGCCCGAAAAAAAUAAUCGAUCCUUCUUUACUACAAGCAAAAAUAUUAGGUGCCAUAUCGGGUGUAGGGUGUCGACCGCUAUAUCCGAAAAAAGCUCAAUAAAUAGUUGGAGGGACAGUAGCUGCAGCUGUAGAGAAAACGAAAAACCGGUUAAAGAAAUUCCACAGAAAAGAACGUUAUCAUGCCAAACUGGAGUCGAAUUGUUGCAAGUUCUUUUAAGUGCUAAAAGUUUGAUGGACAUGUAUUCGCCGUCUCAUACUGCCCUUCCAAGGAUUACGGAGAGGGAUUGUUGUGAAGCUGACAGUUGUCAAAUGAAAAAAAUCACGAUAAAGUUGCCAAACCAGUUCGAUGCCAAUCUGAAAUAUUAAUGUGGUACUGAAUGUAAUAAAUUCGGUGUAUUGGGGUUGGAACCAAUUUUUUAUUUUUGGCAUGUGUAAAGGCUAUUAGUCCAAUCGACGAAUGUUUGCUUUCAAAGGUGACUCCCCUUCCCUUGUCCAACCCUAGGGAAAAUUAUUCUUUCCGCGAACGGCGAAGUUAAUAAAAUACCCAAGAUUCAAGAUUUUUCAUGGUAACGCUUCUGAGUAUUACCUACCCAGAGCUGGGUACUGCUCGCGAGCGUUUCGCUCAAAAAAACGCUUCAAGCACAAAAGCGCGAGCACUUUUCGGACCGGCCGCUUGGUGCUCGAUACUCGAGCGUUUACAAAGUCCUCGGCACUCGAGCGCUUUUUCUGCCCGCGAGCGGCUUUUCUGCUCCUGAUCGUUUUUUUUUUGCUCAUGAGCGCUUUUAACCGCCCUCAAGCGCUGAAGGAUUAAGCCCGCUCGCGAGCGUUUUUUCCGCUCUUGAGUGUCUCUCCGCUCACGAGCAGUUUUCCCGAGCGCUCGCGAUAAACUGCUCGAGCACUUUUAGGAGUACUCGGAACGCGCACGCGAUUUCGCUUUGCAAAACAGCUCGAUACUCGCGAGCAUUUUUGAGACAAUUAGAGCGGUUGUCACUCGUCGCUCGAGCGGUUUUUUAGAACGCUUGACCCAGUUCUGUACCUACCUAUAGAUUUCUGGAAAACGGAAUUUAUAGUCAUCUCUAAACACGUAAUACUUUUUCUGUAAAUCUAACUACAGCUACGGUGGAAGGAGUAAAUUGACUUCGGUGUCGCGACAUAAGGACGCAUGAAAUUGGAUGCAUGUUAAAUUGGCGAGACAAAAGGACGCAUCGUUACUUUCCUUCACACUUCACCCAGGCUUAGGAGGGAGCAAAAAUUCUGGCGUGUUUAAAAGUUUCUUAUUUAUUUUAUUUAAGGUUGAUUUUCUGUGAGAGUAGAGUGCUUUUGCGAUCAGGUGCUGUUUCAAGUUUACUUUAAAUACUUUGGGCCUCACCGCUUUCCAGUCUUUUGGGCAUAGGUUACCUAUACUGCAGAUAUUCGGUUGCGCGUAAUCUAACACCCGGGUGUUGACAAUAGGGAGUUUUGUAGUUAUGGCAUAGUGUAAAUUCUUGCAAUUAAAUUCUUCUGCUGCCUAUGGACUUCUGAUACCACUUUAUAUAGGGUGUAGCCCCUAAGACUCCUCGGAUCAUAAUUCGUUUACCAUAAAAGAUACCGCUAAAGUCCUAGAGAAAAAUUGACCCAUAUUUACCGCCGCCAUAUUUCUAAAAUAUUUUCGAUCACCAGGGGCGUGCUGUAUUCCAGUGGCGUAUCAAACCUGCUUUUUUUUA